AUGAAAACUUCAGUUGCUAUUCUUUUGACUAUUCUCUCCGUGGCUGCUGCUUCUCCACUGUUCUUCGGUCAUCCAAAAGACGAACACCACGUUAUCCAUGUACCAUACCAUGUACACAAGGUUCCAGUUUACAUCAAAGAACCCGUAUACAUUGAGAAGCCUGUCUACAUUUACAAGACCGUCGAUCAUCAUCACGAACAUCAUUACCACCACGAAGACCACCAUGAUGAUGACCACUAUGACCAUGAUGAUCAUUAUGAGAGCCAUUAUUGA